AACCUCUUAUUUACUGAAACACGCCCAAAGUACAUAAGGCGUCCAAAGUUCUCGUUUUGCAGCUACCUUCUUUUCUAUGUGCACCAUUGGAGUCAGCUGGAAGACAUCCACUAGGUGUUGAAAAUGUCCAUUGCCAAGGAAGCGGCAAGGGCCAUGCUAUCUGAUGCCCUGUUGCCGAGCAGCGCCGUGCCAAACCGGAUCAGCCAUCUGGAGUUGGAACUUCCUUUGGACAGGGUUAUCAAAUAUGUCUCUGUUGGCCUCCCUCUGUUGCUGGUCUGUAUGGCCUUUGCUCGGGAGGUGUCGCUCGGCCCGCAGAUCAGCUGUUUUCCUCCCAGCAAUUUCACCGUGAAGCAAGCCAGCUAUGUUGAUACAUACUGCUGGGACUCCCUCAUGCAUCACGAGUUUGAUAGCAAUGGGAACUUUGAGGAGCGCUCCCUUUGGGUGCACAAAAUGUUCCCGUAUUCUCUUCUGGCUAUGGCAGUGCUAAUGUAUCUGCCGGCUCUCAUCUGGCGCCAGCUCGCGGUGCCUUCACUGGGCUCAGACUUGCUCUUCAUUAUUGACGAACUCGACAAGUCGUACAACCGCUCCAUCCGAUUGGCUGGGAGCAUCCUGGAUAUGCGUCACAAUACCAAGACCCCAUUAACAUUUCAGGCAGAGCUGCAGAGAGCAAAGAGGAAGCGCUACUUUGAGUACCCCCUUCUGGAGAGAUACAUGCAGUGCAAGCAAAACUCCUACUUCCUGGUCAGCAUGCUUUUCCUGCGUGGCUUCCUCCUGCUGACCUUCAUGACGGCCGCCUGUCUUUAUCUGACUUACUUCCACCUGUCCGCCUUCCUGCAAGAUGAGUUCAGCUGCUUUGUGCGCAGCGGUAUGCUCCGGGAUCACAACUGGAUUCCUGAGCUGGUUCAAUGCAAAAUGAUUGGCCAGUUGGUCUUUCAGGUUAUAAGUGUGGCCAAUGGCGCCAUCUAUCUUCUCUUGGCACCAAUUGUACUCUUCAGUAUCAUUCGGCUCUUUGUUUGGGACACCGCCUUCAUCUCCGUCUACGAGGUGCUUCCUGCCCUGGACGUGGUCAACAAACGCAGGCUCGGCUGUCCGCUGAACGAUCUCAACGUGCUCCUGCUUUUCUUGCGGGCCAACGUUUCACACCUCAAGUCGUACGGACAGGUUAGGGCUUUGUGCUCUCUGGCGCCCCCCAUGGUUGGUAAAACUACAGCAGGACAAGGACUGAACGCAAUGCUGAGCCAAGAGGAGUUAGAAGAGCGGGACGAGGCCGCCAUGGAGUUGGCCGACGAGGUGCAGGAAGCCAAAGAAGAAGGAAAGUUCAACCUUGUGGAUAUCAUGACAAUUCUGGGAGCGGCGCAGGGGAGGAUUGUAAACAGCAGUGAACAAAGACCAGUGGUGGAGGAGAAUAUGAGUUUUGAGCCAAACCAUCUGGGGUACCAUGAGUUGAAGGAGACUGCACCAUUCAGUCAUUAUUAGGCCCAAUCAAAGUGAAAAGCUGGGGCAAGGAAAGUUCGAACAACGUUUUCGGGCUGGACAGAUCAUCCCGUCAAGCUAAGUGUGUCACCUUCAUGAAAUGGGUGGAGCAAGCCUCAAAUUCAGCCACUUUGAUUUGAUGGGGAUGUUCUUUUGCAUUGAUUCCCAAAGCAGCCCUUGCGUGUCUCUUAUUGACCAAAUACUUGUUUUCUGCCAUCAUUUACAAAUAAAUGCUCUCCAAAUCAUCCUGAAAUGUGA